AUUCAAUAGAGCGUUGGGACAAUCUUUCUAAUUAGAAUCAGCAUAUAUCGACUCUGCCCCCUUUUGAUUUUCUGUCGUUUGAAAUGCCACAUUACGCAUGAUGCUACUGCAGUUGGUACUAAAUAUGAAUCGGAGCGCCAUGAAACAGGGUGGUAAGUUUAAUUCUUCCCAUGCUCACCUUGACUGACCCGGGACUCCCAUCGCAUCUCUAUUUCUAUUCAUUGCACCAAACAUCGGUGACAGUGGUGAAAUUCCGCCACACGAUAAAUCGCUGCUGAAUCCUGAUGUCGUCUUCGUUGUCCUUCCGGUUGUCACGUGGGGUGUUGAGUACAAUAUCUCCUCCUAUUCCACAUGCAAAAUCAUGGGGAUUGGAGUAUAAGCCAACAAAAACGCGGCCCUUGCUUGACAUGUCGCAAGGUGUUCCAGGAACUCCUCCAUCCGAUGUUCUUCUUGAUGCACUAUCAUACUCAUCGUCUUCUCGGGGAUCAUCAGGGUAUUGUCAUGUUCUUGGAGAACCUACUCUUCGUUCAGCCUUUGCAAAGGAAAUGAAGACAGUAUACGGACCGGAUAUGGAUGUUACCCAAGACGACAUUGCUAUCACGGCUGGGUGCAAUAUGGCAUUUGUUGCAACUAUGAUGUGUCUUGCUGAUGCAGGAGACGAGGUUGUCCUGCCGGUUCCAUGGUAUUUCAACCACCAAAUGAGCUUGAAUCUUCUCGGCAUCAAAACAGUACCACUAUAUACUCGCGUUAAUGAGGGCUUCCUUCCUUCAACAAGCGAUUGCGAGAAUUUAAUCAACCCGCGGACAAAAGCAAUUGCGCUUGUGACACCAAACAACCCAACAGGUGCAAUUUAUUCUCCAGACUUGAUUUCAAGGUUCGCCGAACUCGCACAGAAACACAAGAUUGCUCUUGUCCUUGAUGAGACUUACCGGGAUUUUGUGGACACCAUGCCCCCGCACAACCUGUUCUCUCCAUUUCACACCGAGGUGUCGAAGCCCUCUUCGCUAUGGAGAUCCAACGUCAUUCAUCUAUUCUCCUUUUCCAAGUCUUACUGCUUCCCUGGACAUCGACUGGGUUUGAUUGCAGCAUCACCCCACCUCUUGAAACAUGUCACUACCACACUCGACUGCCUACAGAUAUGUGCGCCACGCCCUCCACAAUUAGCUCUCGCUUCUCCAGGCUUGCUACCUAUAUUGCGUCAGUCAAUCCAGGCCGGUGCACAAUCGCUUAAAACACGCCACGAUAUCUUCCACAAACAUCUCCCUCCCGGUUGGACGAUUGGAUCGCAAGGCGGUUAUUUCGCCUUUGUAAAACACCCUUUUGUCGGAAUCCCUGCAAUCACAUUAUGCCAGCGGCUUGCGGAAGAACUCGGCGUUUUGGUCCUUCCCAUGCAGUUCUUCUGCGAUGACAACGUUGGGCCUGACCUCGAGUCACUUGGACAGUCGAAGAAGGACUGGGAGCGCUGGAUCAGGUUCUCAGUGGCGAAUGUGAGUGACGACAUGGUAAAACAAGUGUGUGGGCGACUGCAUGAAUGCGAGCAGCAUCUCGGUUGGAAUGUAGAGUAGUCUUUGCUUACAGACUUAUCGCCAGAAGGAAGUAUCUUAAGAGGGGACAUUCUCUGACAGCGGGCUCAAAAUGAUCCGUACCUUACCUUAUGAUAUUUGUCGCCUGGCCCAACAUUGACUCAGAGGUACCCGAAUAUGUACGAGAUGGAGUUUGAGCGCACACGCGAGACAGAAGGGUUAA